AUGACCAGCUUCGAUAUGUGGCACGACUACCUGAACCUGGGCAGGCUCGUGCAGGGCGACCGGCGCACCGUGGAGCUCCAAGACACGGAGGGUCCCAGCGAGAGGACGCCCGUCCAGCAGACGCCCCACACCCAGGCGUCACUCGCUGGGAACACAGGGACGAGCCCAUCGGAGACCAGAUGCCCAUCAGAGACCAGAUGCCCAUCAGAGACCAGAUGGACCCACAGUCUGUCGGACAUCAGAUGCGGCGGCGGCGGCGGCGGCGGCGGCGGCGGCGAGGUCACCACGCACAUCUGCCUCUUGUGCCGGCAGAACGGGGAGUCUCCGAGGGUGUACCGGUCCCACCAACUCAGAUCGGACGACGGUAGGGUGACGUGCCCCAUCCUGCGGAGCUACACCUGCCCCAUCUGCGGGGCCAGCGGGGACCGCGCUCACACACGCAGGUACUGUCCGAAGGGGAAGCUGCAGGAGCCGGCGACGCGGGUACCGGAGUUCAAGUUCUGGUGAUUGAUGAUGAUGGACUCCGAUGAGCUUUACUGGAACAGUUAUGGG